AUGGCCAGAUAUCAGAGUAGCAUCUACAGCCUGGGAGGGAUCGGGAUCUUUGUUAUCCUGCUCCUUGAUCAAUUGGCCAGCGGUCAGUUCGUUCCGGGUCCGCUUCCUGGCAUACCCCGCCAACAGAGAUCACUCUUCGGGCCAGGCCCACCUCCGGGUUGGAGCAGCGGUGGUCUUAGUCACGGCUGGAAUGGUCCCAGUUUCGAGUUUAGUCAUCUGCCGCCUUCCUCUAGUCCGCAUGUGACCAAGGACGAACUGCUGGCCCUGCUGGCUGCCUGGAAGGAUGUGGCCGUAAAGCCAACGACUCCUGCGCCAGAACCAGAGCCUGAGGAGCCCGAACCCGAACCGGAAACCACAACGGCCCCGCCGCCGGAGGAUGAAGACGAACCAGAACCGGAGGCACCAGCACCAGAGGCGCCAGCUGGACCACCACCUGGUGUCCCCGUCACCGUUUCCCUGCCCGCCCUGGUGCCCAUUCAACUGGCGGCCAUGUGGCAGCAGCCGGCGCCUGGAGCAGCGGCCGGCGGAUUAGGUCCUUUGGCGCUGGGAGGAUUGGGUCUUGGCGGUGGCAUUGCCUUAAAUAAUAUAGGUGGCAGUGCGGCAGCAGCAGGUGCCGUUGCGGCUGGAGGCGGGGGAGCAGCGGCCGCUGGAGCCGCUGCAGCAGCGGCACGAUCCGGAGUGGCCCGCCCCAGGGCUCGGGCCAGGAUCGGAGGACGUGCUUCCAAUGUCCAGCCGGCUAUUCGUUUCCCGGUGGCCAAUCCACGCAGCUUCACCUCGACCAACUACGUGGCGCCUAGGCCUCGUUACUAUCGCGACACGGAGGCAAUGCGCUUCAAUGUAAUGGCACCGCCGCCCUACCAAAUGGCCAAUGUUCAGGGCCCAGUGCAACUUGUGCCCGCCUACUGGCAAUAG